CGCACCUAUUUGUCACCUUGUCACAGCCGUCACCAGUCUACAAAUUAUAUUUUUAAAUAAUAUGAUAUUUCAAAUGAAUACAACCAGCAGAAAUUCAUAAUCAUGUCGUACCGCCUGAAAACUUAAUGAUAAGACCAGACUCCAAAUUCCCGACUUCAAUUUUAUCAUUAAAAACAGUAUGUUGGUGUGUCGUUUGUUAAAAUUGAUGCCAGCUAGAUGUGUGGUGAGGGAACCGCCAGGCCUGGUCUCCUCGGCUACCUGCAAUCACUUCCGCCGAAAUUUUGCUGACACUCCUAAAAAAGAUCUUACAAGACAAGUUAUGGUUCACGGAACAGAGGACAACGCUCGUGUGCGAGUGAGGAGAGCGUUCCCCGCGGACACUGCUAGGGUUAUCCGCUUCGUGAAGGACAACGCCCGCCUGGCGUGGCCUGGCUUUGUCAGCGCCCCGAACGCGCCGAACCAAAUCAUACUGUCUGAUUAUGUUGCACGAACGUUGGCUCAAGGCCACACAAUGCUGGCUGAGCAGCAGGUGGAGAAGCGAGGCUGGUCGAACAUCCGCGGGCUGGCGCUCAGCGCGUGCGUGUGUCCGUGGGACGCAGCACUGCUGGAGACCUGGGCGCGCUGCGUGCAAUGCACGCGCGCGCGAAAGCUGCUGUUGUUCACGGCGCACUGUCUACGCGCGCCGGCGCUGCACGACAAGUAUCGAGUACACAACAUAUUGCAGGUAUUUUUAAUGGUACCCCCUAACGUUCCAAAGUGCGAGGAAAUAGUUCAGAUGCUCGCCCGAAAUACGAUCCAGCGCGGCCGGGUGCUGGGGUUCUCCUUACUACGCUUUGACGUCACAGAUGAAGCUAUAGCAAAAGCACUGGAAGGUCUGCAAUUGAAAAAGGAAUACGAAUUCAACUACGAAAUACUACCCAACGUUAUAAAGCUGUAUAACGCCGAUAUCAAUAACAAGGAAACUGAGACACCUAACACCGGCAAGGUACCACAGAUCACAGUGUAUACCUCAUUCCCUAUGGCUGAUGCAGAAACUUAACAUCUAAAGAAUUAUGGCACUCAAUAUGAUGCAGAAACUAACCAUCUUCAUGGACCAUGGAAUCAUGGAACUUAAAACCAUGGGAUUUAUGAAAAAGAUAACGAAACUAACAUCAUAAGAGAUUAUAAAUGAAAGAUUACUGAAACUAAAAAAUGUAAAAGUACUUAAUUAGAAAUUAAACAAAAAUCAGGUGAAACAAUAUAAUUUGUCGAUUUCGUGACGGCUGUUAAUAAAUCAUUUUUAUAUAAAUC